AUGCUUGCUGCCGCGCCUCAGCGUGUUUGCUCUUUCUUAGCUGCCUUAGCUUUGUCCGCACGCUGCCCCCUCGAGUUUCCACGAAUGACGUUGUGGAUCUUGCUUUCAUGCCUCUCGGUACUCAUCCACGGUAACGAUGAGCUCUGUGAAACAACAGGAGAUGCUUCUACGCUGCUCCAGCACGAUGUGAACCGUUCCCGUCAGCAAGGUGCCUGGCAGGACUAUUGCGACAACUUGGCUCUUUCCAUGCGCAGCGCCACGAUCUUCGGAGGAAACUCUAAUAUCUGGUGCACUACAGGCGAUACUCCGAAAUCCGAGGAGAUGGGUGUCCUCUCCCAGUACGUUGAAGACUUCGAUGCAUCUAGGUUGUUCGGGCUGACAAUCAAUGGGAAGCCGUACAUGGUUAUUGCGGCCGACCGUGAGCACAUCGCUGGCAAGGCCAAGGGGGGAGGAGGCGGUUGCUUCAUCUCUUGGAGCACUGCAGCAAUUGUCCUCGGCAAUUAUGAUGAGGGGGAAUCGCCGGCCGAUUGCCGCGAGAAGGUGAAGUACAUGGCCGACUUCUUGAUGAGCAGCGGGUACUGA